CUGGUUAGAAAAACACAUCCUAGCAAUCAGCUGACGAACACACACAUGUUUUCACCAACUUCGUUGUUUUUCUCUUGGUCUCAUUGUCUUAUUCAACGAGGACAUUUCUCAAUCAUGUACAUAAAAGAAUACGGUGAACAACUAUGUUACACUGAGGGUGAAAUGUCUGUGAAAUAAAUCCUGGACGUAGGAGUUUAACCGCUAAAAGGUGUUGUCUAGAAGAGCCAGGAUACGGAAAAUCUAUCAGAUAUGGAGGAAACAGGCACCAAGGGACUGUGUUUGGUCUUGCUUUUCCUGGACACCCUGCUCUUCGGUCUGCCGCCAUACCUGCUGGUCAGGGAGAGCAGCCAGACCGGCAGGUCAGCACACAUCCGGGCUCUGGUCAUCUCCUACCUGACCUGCUUCGCUGGGGGAGUUUUUCUAGGGGCAUGUCUGCUUCAUCUGCUGGCGGAGGGGAGGGAGAGCAUGGAGAACUAUUUCAAGGAGGUAAACAUCAGCCCUGAUUUCCCCGUGUUUGAGGCCGUGUCCGCCAUUGGAUUUUUUCUAAUCGCCUUGGUUGAAGAACUGGCCCACAAGUUUUUGAUGCCGUCCCCUCCUCCCCCGAAGAACGAGACAGGACCUCUCAAAGAGAGAUCCAAAUCCAGCGUGUCGCUAAAAAACCACAUUCCAAGUUCGAACGAACCAAACUUGGUGAGUUUUUCAAAAAGUAGGAAUUUCUCAAUAUGCAGCACUGAUCAAACCUAUAAUACGUUCGUCAACCCAAAUUACGUUGCCAACAAUGCACCAAAAGAAAGUAGUACCCCAGCCGAUACUGCACAAGCCGCUAAAGGUAUUGACCACGGGAAUGUUAUUAUCGGACUAUCGCAGUCUGAAGUUCAGAAGUCUACUUCUUUGGUAAGCAACAAAAACGAAAGGAAUAAAGAAAAAGAGGCAAGCAGUGAUAACACGGACAGUGCUCUGGUCGACGCCCUCGAGACACUUCCGGUCAACCCACUGAGGGCUUUCUUGCUACUCGGGGCUUUGUCCUUUCAUACGAUCUUCGAUGGGCUUGCUGUUGGUCUACAGACAGACGUUACAAGCAUUUGGGAGAUGUUCGCGGCCAUCUUUAUCCACAAAUCUCUGGUCGCGCUGUGUCUUGGCAUGCAAUUGUUCCUGGUCUUCAAGUCCAACCCGCUCAAAGCGUUUGUCUGGAUUUUUAUUUUCGCCCUCAUCUCACCCGUCGGUGUUGGGCUAGGGAUGGGCUUGACCUCAAGUCACAUUGACCAGCUGGCCGAAGGUCUGGUCAGUUGGAUCCUGCAGGCUAUCGCCACUGGCACCUUCAUGUACGUGACGUUUUUUGAGAUUCUCAGGGAGGAGCUGGCCGAGAAGAGGGGAUUGUUGCGUCUGGCAUUGGUAAUCCUGGGCUUUGGUGGGAUGGCGUUGGCCAAGUUCUUUGACCGGGAUUAG